UACUAAUAAGUAUAUAUCGCUGCUAUUUUUCUUAAGUUUUGAGGUGGCCUUGACUCUUGAAUAAAGAAAAGGAAAAAAAAAAAAAAAAGAGUAGGAGAGGAGCGUAGGGUAUAGUAAAGCAAAAGAAGAGGUCUUUCUCAAACACAGAUCCCUAUGGAAUGCAGGAAGGAUGCCCAGCAAUGCUUGCUGGAACUCAUUCUUUUUGUUUAGUUUAAAGGAACUAGCUUUGUUCUCUUUUGAAAUCUUUUCAGAGAGAGAGAGAGAGAAAAAAGAAAAUAAAGAGAGAAAGAAAGCACGUAUAGAUUCAGUUGCAGGAGUUUGGAUUUUGUUUAAGAUGAGUGGUUAUAUUUGAUCCAAUCCAUUUCUGCAGCUAAAGAACAAAAGAAAGAAAGAACCAAAAGAAAAAAAAAAAAAAAAAGGGGAAAGAAGUUCCAAGAAAUGGAGUAGUGAGUGAAGGCAAAAGAAAAAGAGAAAUAUAUAUGCAUAGGGUUAUGAUUAGUUUAUUUUUCUCCAAUGAUUGAGUUGCUUUGCCUCAAGAGAAACUUACCAAAAAUCUCUUGUAAGUUAGAAUAACAUCAAUACACAAAAAAGAAAUGAAGUUUAUCAACAAUGAUGACAACAACAACAAUACAAACUGGUUAGGUUUCUCCCUCUCUCCUAAUCACAUGAAAAUGGAGGUCAAUAAUCACCAGACACAAUCUCCCUCUUCUUCUUCAGUUCCUACUGCAAUACCAGCAAGUCUUUUCCACUCUCAGUCACACCUCAGUUACAGCAGUUACUGUGGUGCUGUUGAAGGUGAACAUAGUGGGUUUUACUUUCCUUUGCCAGUUAUGCCACUCAAGUCUGAUGGGUCUCUUUGUAUGAUGGAAGCUCUUGCAAGGUCACAGCCCCAAGCAACAACGGUAACAAAUUCAACUCCGAAACUGGAGGACUUCUUUGGUGGUGCAACAAUGGGGAACCAUCACUAUGAAACCAAUGAUAGAGAAGCUAUGGCUCUUAGCUUAGACAGCAUGUAUUAUCAUCAGCAGCAGCAGCACCAAGACCAUGAUCAGGCCAACAACCAAAACUGCCUAAACCAUCUUCAUCAAAGCUCCAGGCAGCAGCAGCAGCAACAACAACAGCAGAUUCAAGCCCAACACUACCCAUAUUACAGUACUAACUUUAGAAGCUAUGAAAUGUUAGUAGGAGAGCAAGAGCCCAAAGAAUCCCAUGUUUCAAGUUGUGAUCUUCAACUUCCAACAAUUAACGGAGAUGAUGGGAUAAACGGAAUUAGAAACUGGGUUUCAAGAAACUACACAAAUAAUCAUGCAAUGGAGCAACAGAAGAUGAUAAGUUGCAUGGGUGAUAAUGGAGGUGAAUCUAGUGCUAUUAGUGCAAUGACAUAUGGUGAUUUGCAGUCUUUGAGCUUGUCAAUGAGUCCCGGUUCUCAAUCAAGCUGUAUUACUGGUUCUCAGCAAAUCGCAUCCACUGUCACCGAAUGUGCUGCAAUGGAAACCAAGAAAAGAGGGCCUGAUAAGGUGGAUCAGAAACCAAUUGUUCAUAGGAAGUCCAUUGAUACAUUUGGACAAAGAACAUCGCAAUAUAGAGGAGUUACAAGGCACAGAUGGACGGGGAGAUAUGAAGCCCAUUUGUGGGACAAUAGUUGUAAGAAAGAAGGUCAAAGCAGAAAAGGGAGACAAGUUUAUCUGGGAGGUUAUGAUAUGGAAGAAAAAGCUGCAAGAGCUUAUGAUCUAGCUGCACUCAAGUAUUGGGGUCCCUCUACUCAUAUCAAUUUCCCUUUGGAAAAUUAUCAACAAGAACUUGAGGAAAUGAAGAACAUGACUAGACAAGAAUAUGUUGCUCAUUUGAGAAGAAAAAGCAGUGGAUUCUCUAGGGGUGCUUCCAUGUAUAGAGGAGUAACAAGGCAUCAUCAGCAUGGAAGGUGGCAAGCUAGGAUCGGAAGGGUUGCCGGAAACAAGGACCUUUAUCUAGGAACAUUCAGCACCCAAGAGGAAGCAGCUGAAGCUUAUGACAUCGCAGCUAUAAAAUUUCGGGGUGCUAAUGCUGUAACAAAUUUUGACAUAACAAGGUAUGAUGUCGAAAGAAUCAUGGCUAGCAACACACUUCUUGCUGGGGAAUUAGCAAGGCGAAACAAGGACACAGGAGCUGGUAACGAGGCUACAGCAAUUCACAAUCCUUCAAUUCAUAACAGCACUCCCACACAGGAGAACGCUCAAAGCGAAUCAGACUGGAAAAUGGCCCUGUACCAAUCCUCGCAGCAACUCGAUCAAAAAGCAUCGAAUAUUAUAGAUAAUUACAAGACUCAAGCAUUCGCAUUGGCACCAGAGAAUGUGAUUGGAAUUGAUGCCAUCAGGUCAGUGCAUCAGCAGCAAGACGUGGAAAACUCCGCUAAGAUGGGAAAUCACUUGUCAAAUGCAUCUUCAUUGGUGACAAGUUUAAGCAGCUCGAGAGAAGGCAGCCCGGAUAGAGCUAGCUUGCCAAUGCUGUUUGCAAUGCCUCCAUCAGCAACAUCCAAGUUGUACAGUACUAGUCCAAGUAGUAAUAUGAAUUCAUGGAUCCCAACAGCUCAACUGAGGCCUGCAGUCACCUUGCCUCACAUGCCUGUUUUUGCUGCUUGGACAGAUGCAUAGGCUAGAGUUUUCUUUGUUAAGUUGGAUAAGUAUUUUGCAUGGAGAGAAAAUCAAAACAUGGGAUAGAAAAAGUAAGAUUGGUUUUAAUGUGGGGUUUUUAAGUGUUUUUUUUUUUUUUUCUUUUUUUCCUCCUUUAUUAGUUAGAGGAGAAAAUUGGGGUGGGCAAGGGGGGGUUAAUGUUAAUGGAGGUUGUAGUAGCCUAGUUGACACCUUUUCAUGAAGAAGAACCUCAAAUUUUCAAACUUUAUCCAUUUUAGCCUGGCUUCUUAUAUUAUAUUAUAUAUGAAGAAAAGAUCUUUCAAAAGAAAUGGUGGAGGGAAAGCUAUUAAAGACAAUAUGAUUGGAGUCUAGGAAAUGAUUCAUGACCCCUCUCCUUAACUCAUAAUUAGAUUCAGCUUUAUUUUUUUGGUUCUA